CGAGAACGCUUCAGUCGCGUGUUGAUCGUCGUUCGGAGCGCUGUGUUUUCUCUUCGGAAGUCUCGUUGUCAGUGUCUAAACCCAACAACAUUCAAUCUAAUUUGUGCUUACAAUAAUAGAAUUACUCCAAUUCCCACACUUCGUACCGUUCGUUUUAUCUCGUCUUCACGCGAGUUAUUGGAUACGGAAGCAGACGUUUCGCGAGCAAUCCAUGUGCAAAGAUGUCGUCCACAGCUGAUCUGCGAACCUGUCCCAUGAACGGACAUCAAACGAAUGGUACCGCUUCGGUGGCCACCGGUAAUGGUGCCAUUUCGCGGGAUGAGUUUCUUGCCACCUUCAAGCGUCCCGAUCUGCCUUCAAGAUGUACCUGGGCGGCCAAUACAGACGAGCCGAGCCCACACCACCACAAGCCUCUAACCCCACGGCCUAAGGUGAUGCAAACGAUCCUGGAAGCUGUCGGAAACACACCACUGGUCAAGCUGGAUAAAAUUGCGAAGGCUGCCAACCUGAAAUGCAAUCUUUACGGCAAAUGCGAAUUCCUUAGUCCAGGAGGGUCGGUCAAAGAUCGCAUAGGACUACGCAUGAUCGAGGAAGCGGAACGCAAGGGUCUCCUUAAGCCAGGCUGUAGCAUCAUCGAGCCGACCUCGGGCAACACCGGUAUCGGGCUCGCGAUGGGAGCAGCCGUGAAAGGGUACAAAUGCGUCAUCGUCAUGCCGGAGAAAAUGUCCAACGAAAAGGUGGACACACUGAAAGCCCUAGGGGCCACGGUAAUCCGAACCCCAACGGAGGCCGCUUUCGAUUCGCCCGAAGGUUUGAUCGCUGUGGCACAGAAACUGCAGCAGGAGAUCCCCGAUUCGAUCGUACUGAAUCAGUAUACGAACGCAGGUAAUCCGUUGGCGCAUUACGAUGGAACUGGAGCAGAGAUUUUUGAUCAGCUGAACGGAAUGGUCGACAUGGUGGUAGUGGGUGCUGGUACGGGUGGAACCGUUGCCGGCAUAGGCAGGAAACUCAAGGAACUGAAAUCAGACUGUAUCAUCGUGGGGGCAGAUCCGGAAGGAUCGAUUCUAGCUGAGCCUGAAGAACUCAACAAAUCGGACGUUUCGUUCUACGAAGUAGAAGGUGUGGGUUAUGAUUUCAUUCCGACCGUGCUGGACCGUAGCGUUGUAGAUCGCUGGAUAAAAUUUAAUGACAAGGCUGCUCUGCCAAUGGCCCGAAGACUGAUCGCUGAGGAGGGAUUACUCUGCGGAGGUAGCAGUGGGGGAAACGUGGCCGCGGCUCUGCUAGCCGCCAAAGAUUUGGAAGUGGGCCAAAACUGUGUGAUCAUUCUGCCCGACAACAUUCGGAACUACCUGAGCAAGUUUGUUUCGGAUAACUGGAUGGAAGCACGUGACUUCAAAGAAUCAGUCAAUGUUCACAAUCAUAAAUGGUGGAACAACAAGAUUUCUCAACUCAGCCUUCGCACGCCAAUAACCGUAGGAACCGAUGUAUGCCUCCAGAAAGUGAUGAACAUCAUGAAAAACAACUCUGUGAACCAACUGCCCGUUAUCGAUAAUAACGAAGCAAUAGUUGGGGUUGUUUCUAUGCCGAAUCUAAUGGGCAAACUUCUGAACCGGCUAGCUAAGCCAACUGAUCCCGUUUCGAGGGCAAUUUUCAAGCAGUUCGUUAAAAUCGAUCAGAACGAUCACGUGGGUCACGCAUCCCGCAUCCUAGAGAAGGAUCCCUUCGUUCUGGUGGUGCACAAGGAGAAGAAAUAUACUGACGAGGAGAACUUCCAGCUCAAAGAAAAAGUAAUUGGAAUCCUAACACAGAAGGACAUGCUGGAGUACAUCUCGAACGCGGAGAAUCUCACUAAUGGUGUUUAGUUUUAAUGUCAAGAGACCGUUGCGUGCCUCCUUAUCAGCAUUUAAACUUUAGGAACGAUGCGAAAAAUUAUGACUCAACAUAUUAAAUAAUAUUGAACAAUUAUCUCGUAUUGAAUCUUAUCAAUAAAAUUUUACAACCCUGAA